AUGGGCGCGGCAGGCUCGUCCAGCUUUGCGAUAAGCCCUGAACUGAAUGAUUCACACGCCGGGCGCGCCUUGCAGUACGCAAUCGCUAACGAGGCCGAAGCUCACGCGCGGCAGAGAGAGGAUGUGAUGUUUUCGAGCAUAUUCCACCAAGUAAACCAAACAAUCGCCGGCAUAUGUCAUCGGCGUAUCAACAACCAGGUCAAGCCGGGCGACUUGACCUUCCCGGCCGCGCUGGAGACGCUUGCCUACAUUUUGCGACGAAUUAAUUCGGUGGGCCUGCGGGACGAAGCCGGGCAGGCGAACCAAUACCUUUUGUGCCUGCCCCUUUCGAUGCUGUCCGGCGUCCGGCAGCCGUUCGGCCUCGUGCGCGAGCCGACGCCCCGAGAGCUCGCCGAGUUUUCGCUGUGCUUCGGGCCGACCACGCGCGCGUUCGAGAAAAACCGCUUCGGCGACGCCAAACGCAGCCAGGUCCUCGUGGACAAAGAGGAGACGCAAAACAUCGCGGCGGUCGCCAUGGGGCUGAUGAACGCCGUUGUAGGCAAGCAGGCUGGCCAUGCCAACACCUGGUUGGUUGUUCCCGUCAACGGCUUCGACCCUUCGAUCGCCCGGUGGCUUUUCUGGGCCUCGCCGAACUGCGCUUACGCACAUAACCGUUCCCCGCCUCCUAUUACGGCCCAGCACGUUCCCUAUACCCGCGUCGCCUCACGCGCGAGCCCCCCUGGACCAAAACGCAACAAGCGCAAGAAGAGCGGGCCACUGCUUACAGAAAGGGAGGGUAUCAAGGCCGACAGCUCCUGCGGCCGAUCCAACCUCCAGCGGCCGGAGGUUACGCAGCAGGAUCUCUCAGGGCCUCGGUGGGUCGCGCAGGAUCCUGAUAACGGCGUCAAGGAGCUGACCCGCCAGAUAAUCAAGGAGAUAUGGAUCUUCCCCUUUUGCAAUGUCGAUACGUCGCUCCUGAACCCGUGCGACGGCGAUGGCGAGCGAGAUACAUCUCCAAAGUCACUCGACUUCCUGAGGCGGUAUCUGCGCUGGGAUCUGGACGGCUGUCUUGUCAAGCCCGAAGAGGUCAUUGCCCACGAUCUUUUCGCGGGCCUGAAGACUCCGAUGCUAGUUUCUCGGAUUGCUGCUUCCCGGUACGGGUCUCCGACCAAGCGUCACAGGCCUAUCAAUCUCCCGGCCCCUGCCUAA